GGUUAUCUUUUGCAAACAUUUUAUGCCUCAUUUUAUAGCAUACCCCUUGAAAACCUUGAAAAAAACUCGAGUCAAGUAGUCCCUUGAAUAAAUUUUUAAAAACGCGACCAAAAAAAAGAGUAGAAAAAUUUAUCGUCAAACAUACUGCAAUAAACAGUCGAGACAUUUUUUCGUUCAAAAUUGAUAUUCAUUACUUCGAAUUUCUAAAAUGUCAGCAGAAAAAGUAAUCGUUACAGUAAAAGAAGGUAAAGUACGCGGAUUCAAGAAGAAAACAGCUUAUUCUAAUGCAGAAUAUUAUAGUUUCCUUGGUAUACCUUAUGGGCAACCUACUUCUGGCGGAGCUCGCUUCAAAGAUCCUGUUAAAGUGAAACCAUGGAAUAACGUUCUCGAUGCGACAGUAGAAAAGGGAGGUUGCAUACAAUAUUCUUUGGUAAAGGGACGCAUUAUUGGUUCAGAAGAUUGUUUAUACAAUAACAUCUACACACCGAAGAUGCCAUCAAAGGGAGAUCCUUUGAAAGCAGUUAUCGUAUGCAUCCAUCCAGGAGGUAUGUAUCAUGGGUCACCAGAUCCAUCAUACUAUGGUGCACCAGAUUACAUCAUGCAUCAUGAUGUCGUGUACGUCUGCGUGGGAUAUAGACUGCAUAUUUUAGGUCUGCUUAACUUGAAGAUGGAAAAUUGCUCAGGAAAUCAAGUUUUAAAAGACAUUAUACUCAGUUUACGAUGGAUAAAGGAAAACAUUCAUGUUUUCGGCGGUGAUCCAGAAAAUAUCACUGUCAUGGGUGGCAGUAGUGGAUCAGCAUAUGUACAUCUAUUGCUAUUAUCACCACUGGCUAAAGGUUUAUAUCAUAAGGCAAUUCUCAUGGGAAUGUAUAUCUUUAAUCCUCUUUUGGUGCACUCCCGUGACGUUAUCACUCCGGCUUACGAAGUUGCUGAAACUAUAGGUUAUACAGGUCCACGAGGAGAUGAUAAAAAAUUGUUAGCUUUUUAUAAAAAAUUAGACGUUUUGCAAAUUAUUGCAGCGAGGUCCGAAAAGUAUUUCAACGAGACAACUGUUCAAGUUUUUCCUACAUCACCUUUUAUACCCAACGCGGCACCAGGGGAAAAGUCUCCUUUACCUGUAUCACCAGAAGAACUCAUUCCUUCCACAAAUCGUGUGCCAAUCUUGAUCGGGUUCUGUCGAAGAGAAGCAGCAAUGGGUAUUGCGUUAGCGAAAUCAUCUAGUAAUCCAAAUCACAUAGCGGACAAUCUCCACAAAGCGAUCACUCAGAAUUGCUGGGGAUGGGGAGCCAACCUGAACGACGAUGAACUAACACAAAUAAAAGAAGAAGUGGAAAACUUUUAUUUGAAAGGAAAGUCGACAAGAACUGCAUCUGGAUCGCUUCUUUGUGAUAUUCUCACAGAUGCUGCUUUGUCUGAUGUUUACGAUUCCUUGAUUAAUGUAAUUUCAGCAGAUCUUCCAUCAUCAGUAUACGCAUAUAAUUUCUACUACGAUGGAAAAUUAGAUGGAAUGAGAGCCAGGACUGAAAAAGUUUUAGGGACUCCCUUAACAGGAGCAUUUCACGCCACCGACUAUGGCUAUUGGUGUUACGAUGAAGUAAUAGUUGGUAAACGUAUGGAACACUUGCAGCAAAAAGAUCGAAAUAUGAUCGACACAUUUUCGAGUCUUCUGACCACAUUUGCUAAAACAGGCAAUCCAAACUAUGAAGGAAUCGAAGUGACUUGGAAGCCAACAAACCCUGAUCAUCCAAGCCAUUUAAUCAUAGAUGAAACGCUCGAUUCCAGAGACGAGGUAUUAAAUGGUGAAAGAUUGGAGUUUUGGCUUAAGUUGAAAAAGAAAUUCCGAAAAGAUUGUAAUGAAUAAUGAUGAUUUAUAAAUUGGUAGACUUGAAUAAAAUUUCGUGCUAAGUGUAUGUACCCAAACCUUGUUCUUUGAAAAUUUAUUUUCUUUCUAUGCCGCAAUAUUAGUACAUACAAUUCGGGAUAGUACAGGAAUUUUAAGAUUUUUAUUCGGACUAAUUCCUACAAAAGGUUUCUUUGCGGGAUACUGUAGUGGAAGGGGUCCUAUUUAACAUACUAAAAGCCUCACCCCGUACCCCGCGUGCGUCGCGUGCUAGAGCGUGAAAAAUGUCCCGCCGCGGCGUUUUUUGCGAUUUUCUCGCGAGGGAUUGAUUUUACGCCGAAAAUAGCUUUAUUUUUGUGUUCUACGUCAAAUUUCCGAUCUAGUGUUAUGUCAACUGUCCUUCUAGCCCCAAGGGGGGUGGAGCUAGAACCAUUCAAAAAAAGGGGGUUUCCUGAAAAAUACAUAAAGACUAUGGGAGCCUAAGAGGGGUGAAAUGGUCCCCAAAAGCGUUCGAGUUGAUAUUAGCAUGGAAGAUGGGUACCAUUGAGAAACUUCCGCGUGAAAAAUUUCAGAUUCACAUCUCCUCCCUUUUUUGAGGAACCCCCUUUUUUGAAAUUUCAAUAUUUUUCUUGUUUUUAUUCAUCAAUUUUUAACAUUUAUUCUUCUUCAUUCCUUUUUCAUACAUCUCAUUUUUUAUUGGAUUUAUCAAAUUCCCAUAACUUUUCUGUUAUCAUUUUUUAUUGUUUUAUUUUUUGCUCAUUUUUUCAUUUAUUCAUCAUGAAUUCAUUUCUAUUCCUUUUCAACCAUAUUUGUUUUAUCUCACUUCAAUACAUUUUUUUGAGGGUGGGGGGGCAU